AUGGCUGGAGGCUUCGGUAUUGAGAGUAGUAAGAAGGGGGUUGAAUACCCCGGUAAGGUUACUUCUUAUGUAUUGGUAACCUGCAUUGUUGCUGCUAUGGGUGGGUUGAUCUUCGGUUAUGAUAUUGGUAUCUCUGGUGGGGUGACAUCUAUGGCUCCGUUUCUGAUAAAAUUUUUCCCAUCUGUUUACCACAAGGAGGCCUUAGAUAAAUCAACCAAUCAAUACUGCAAAUUUGAUAAUUUCUACUUGACUAUGUUUACUUCUUCUUUAUAUUUGGCUGCGCUUGUGGCGUCGUUUUUUGCAUCAUGGGUGACGAGAAAGUUGGGGCGAAAGGUAUCCAUGAUGCUUGGUGGUUUGAUCUUUUUUGCCGGAGCAGCCAUCAAUGCCUUUGCUCUAGCCAUUUGGAUGCUCAUUGUGGGUCGCAUUUUGUUAGGUCUUGGCGUUGGUUUCUCCAUCCAGUCUGUACCACUAUAUGUCUCAGAGAUGGCUCCAUACAAGCACCGUGGUUCUCUAAAUAUAGUCUUCCAAUUAUCAAUCACAAUAGGCAUUUUCGUGGCGAAUUUGGUUAACUAUUUCACUCAAAAUAUCAAAGGCGGCGAAGGAUGGCGCUAUAGCCUUGGCGGUGCCAUGGUUCCUGCAGCAUUCAUUUUCUUUUCUGCAUUAUGUCUUCCCAAUACUCCAAACUCUAUGCUUGAAAGAGGCGACAAAGAAAAAGCCCGAGCAAUGCUCAGACGCAUCCGCGGUGUGUCCGACAAGGAAAUCGAAGCGGAGUUUAACGAUUUACUGGCCGCCAGUGAAGCCUCAAAGCUAGUGAAACAUCCAUGGAGGAACCUCCGAAAGAGACAUUAUCGACCACAUUUGGUUAUGGCCGUAUUGAUUCCAUUUUUCCAACAACUGACCGGCAUCAAUGUGGUCAUGUUUUAUGCUCCUGUGCUGUUCAAAACUAUUGGAUUCGGAGACAACGCGUCUCUCGGCUCUGCAGUCAUCACUGGUAUUGUUAAUAUGAUGUCAACUUUUGUUUCCAUCUACGGGACUGAUAAAUGGGGCAGAAGGUUCCUCUUUCUUGAAGGUGGAAUACAAAUGUUCAUAUUUCAGGGUCUGGUGGCAGGUUUUAUUGGGUGGAAAUUCGGAUUAACUGGUCAAGUAACCGACUUACCGAAAUGGUAUGCAAUUAUUCUAGUGGUCUUCAUUUGUGUGUAUGUUUCUGCAUUUGCCUGGUCAUGGGGGCCUCUUGGAUGGCUAGUGCCGAGUGAAAUUUUCCCACUGGAGAUUCGAUCAGCUGGGCAAAGUAUUGUGGCUUCUGUAAACAUGUUUAUGACAUUUCUGGUUGCGCAGUUAUUCCUGUCGAUGCUUUGUCACUUGAAGUUUGGUUUGUUCAUCUUCUUUGCAUUUUUCGUCGGAAUAAUGACUGUAUACAUCCAUCUCUUCCUGCCGGAGACCAAGAACAUUCCCAUCGAAGAGAUGUCGAGAGUAUGGAGAGAACACUGGUUUUGGAAGCAUUACGUGCCUGAAGUGACCACUGACGUCUAA